GUGCUGAAACCUGGCAACCCGUCUAGCAGCCACUACCAGCAGAGUCAACGAAGAGUUGACAGGAACAACAUCUCUCCUCUGUGCACACAAAAUUUAUGGUUUGCCUCACUAACAAGAAAAUCUCCUGGUUAUUGUGCUAGCGAGUGACAGUUUAUUCACAAGAUCUGGUCUACAACAGCGAGAUGUACCAUAUGUUAUGCUGGCCUGUUGGACUUGAACAGAUUGAAGACGACUAAAGAGGCUGCCGUGUCAGUCAGAGCUUGAACCUACGGUAGGGGAAGAGAUGGGGAACACAGCGACCAAGUUCCGUAAGGCUGUCAUCAAUGGGGAUGAGGUGCUGGCCUGCCAACUGUAUGAGAGCAACCCGCAGUUCAAGGAGGCUCUGGAUCCCAACUCUACAUAUGGAGAGUCCUACCAGCACAACACUCCACUGCACUAUGCUGCCCGGCACGCCAUGACACACCUACUCAGGUAUUUUCUCCUAAGCAAAGAUGGGAAUCCUAACAAGCGUAAUGUGCACAAUGAGACAUCUCUGCACCUUCUCUGCAUGGGGCCCCGCAUCCUGACCUUAGAGGGGGCACUGCAACCCCGGAUCUCACGGCCAUAUGAAGACAAACAGCGUAGGGCUGAAUGUCUACAAAUCAUUCUGGCAUGGACCGGAGCAAAGCUGGACCAUGGAGAGUAUGAGAUCGCUGAUAUCAAUGCCACUGACAACAAGAAAAACACCUGCCUGCACUAUGCUGCUGCCUCAGGCAUGAAGAAUUGUGUUGAGUUCCUGGUGCAGAGAGAAGCGGACCUGUUUGCGGAGAACGAGGACCGCGAGACUCCAUGUGACUGUGCAGAGAAGCAGCACCACAAGGAGUUGGCCCUGUGCCUGGAGUCGCAGAUGGUCUUCUCUCUUGCCCCCGAGGCAGAGACUAUAGAGGCAGAGUACGCAGCCCUUGACCGAAGAGAGCUGUAUGAGGGCCUGCGGCUUCAGGACCUACGGAGGCUGAAGGACAUGCUGAUAGUGGAAACAGCCGACAUGCUGCAGGCCCCUCUCUUCACUGCAGAGGCAUUGCUGCGUGCCCAUGAUUGGGACAGAGAGAAGCUCUUAGAGGCCUGGAUGAGCAAUGCGGAGGAAUGCUGCCAACGUUCAGGGGUACAGAUGCCCAACCCACCUCCAAGUGGCUACAAUGCCUGGGACACCUUGCCCUCGCCUCGUACGCCACGCACCACCCACUCCUCCAUCACCUCCCCAGACCAAGUCAGCCUCAUGCCUGCCGAUGUGGAGUCUUCUCUGUGUGGUAUCUGCAUGUCUUCCAUUUCCGUCUUCGAGGAACCUGUUGACAUGUCCUGUGGCCACGAAUUUUGCAGAGCAUGCUGGGAAGGGUUUCUAAAUUUGAAGAUCCAAGAGGGUGAAGCCCAUAACAUCUUCUGUCCAGCAUUUGACUGCUACCAGCUAGUGCCUGUGGAAGUCAUUGAGAGUGUGGUGUCUAGAGAGAUGGACAAGCGCUACCUCCAGUUUGACAUCAAGGCAUUUGUGGAGAACAAUCCAGCAAUCCACUGGUGUCCCGUGGCAGGUUGCGAAAGGGCAGUAAGACUAAAAACCCAGGGUCCUGGGACCUCCACCUCAGACUCUCUUAGCUUCCCCCUCCUUCGGGCCCCAGCUGUAGAUUGUGGCAAAGGCCACCUCUUCUGCUGGGAGUGUCGAGGCGAGGCCCAUGAGCCCUGUGACUGUGAGACCUGGAAGUUGUGGCAACAGAAAGUCUCUGAGAUGAGACCUGAGGAAUUGGCUGGUGUGAGUGAAGCUUACGAGGAUGCAGCCAACUGCUUGUGGUUGCUCUCUAACUCCAAACCCUGCGCCAAUUGCAAGUCCCCAAUACAGAAAAACGAGGGCUGCAACCACAUGCAGUGUGCUAAGUGUAAGUACGACUUCUGCUGGAUCUGCCUGGAGGAGUGGAAAAAGCACAGCUCAUCGACAGGAGGCUACUAUCGUUGCACCCGCUACGAGGUCAUCCAGCAGGUGGAGGAGCAGUCAAAGGAGAUGACUGAAGAGGCGGAGAAGAAGCACAAGAGCUUUCAGGAACUCGACCGUUUUAUGCACUACUACACUCGCUUCAAGAACCACGAGCACAGCUAUCAGCUGGAGCAGCGCCUGUUAAAAACAGCCAAAGAGAAGAUGGAGCAGCUCAGUCGAGCCCUGAGUGGAAGGGAAGGAGGCCCACCUGACACUACAUUCAUUGAAGAUGCAGUCCUAGAACUUCUGAAGACUCGCCGCAUCCUGAAGUGCUCUUAUCCUUAUGGGUUCUUUCUGGAGCCCAAAAGCACAAAGAAAGAGAUCUACGAGCUUAUGCAGACGGACUUGGAGAUGGUGACUGAGGACCUGGCACAAAAGGUUAACCGGCCUUAUUUACGGACGCCGCGCCACAAGAUAAUCCGUGCAGCAUGUCUGGUGCAGCAGAAGAGGCAGGAGUUCCUGGCCUCAGUAGCCAGGGGAGUGGCCCCCAAUGACUCUCCUGAGGCCCCCAGGCGCAGUUUUGCUGGUGGAACGUGGGACUGGGAAUAUUUAGGCUUUGCAUCACCUGAGGAGUACGCAGAGUUCCAGUACAGACGGAGACAUAGGCAGCGGAGGCGAGGCGACAUGUCCAGUCUCCGUAGCAACACACCCGACCCUGAUGACUCAAGCGACAGCAUUUUAGACGGACAUGAUGUCGGAGGUGGACAUAGACAUCAUCUGAUGGGUCUAGGUUCUUUGGAUGACGAAGACCCUAACAUUCUACUGGCCAUUCAGCUGUCACUCCAGGACUCGGCGAUGGCAGGGUUUGGCUCCAACCACGACACCCUUGCCAACGAAGCUUCACUCUGCGCUAUCGGCACCUCCCUGCCUUCUAGGCUUGAACAGAGUGUUCCAGGUGUAGAGGUCCUUCCCAGGGCUUCUCUCAGCAGCUCAGAACUGCUGGAGCUGGGAGAUAACUUGGCUAGACUUGGCAACAUCAGCAGCCAGUACUCUACUGCUUCUGUACAGCACUCGGACAGUCACCACCGGGCCUACGGCGCUUCUGUGCCGAUACCAGUGGCUCCAGGUGGCAGCAACUCAUCGACGGGCCUCUUCUCAUCUUCCAGUGACACGUUAGAUUCGACCACAUGCGGCAGCCACGACCCGUCCUCGUCCUCUGCAUUAGUAGCAAACGCUAACCUGCUGGGCAACAUCAUGGCAUGGUUCCACGACAUGAAUCCUCAAGGUAUCACCCUUGUUCCCUCAACCUCCUCUGACACUGACUCAAACCUUGGCACACUCCAUGAUGACGAGAAAGGUGGGGCCGUCCUGCCUGAAAACAGGAAACCUCAGGAAGAGAUGUCAGAUGUGGGUUUCUGCUCUCAGAAACAGAGCGACAUGGAGGAGAAGGAGCGUGCCGCUGCUCAGAGGCCGACCCAGUUAGAUCUAGUGGGGAUGGACACCAUGCCGCUACCUUACAUGGCCACCCUUGAAGCAAGUGGAGACAGUGGCGAACGCCGAGGCUCGAAAGUCUGCCAUGUCGACACUCCGCAAUGUGACUCUGUAUCCGACCAGCUGGCCAGCACCAGCUCCUCUGAGUGGGAGGACCAAGUGCACUUGGUAUGAACUGAUUGGCUGAGAUAGGAAGGAGCUUUUUUUUGGAAAGGCCAAAAACCACUACAGAUUGCAAAGUAAAUAGAUUUGAGGAAAAGUGUGUAGUAGUUAUUCAGGUGCAACGUAUACAGAAUAAGGAAUGUGUCAGUUUGUACUGGGUUGGAAAGUGGGGGAAUAUGUAUUUAGACUCUUAGGUUGGUCUAGCAUUGCAUUCAGAUCGGUUUCCUGUGUUAACUGUAUUGUCAGCCCCUCAACAACCAGUCCUCCUGUAAAGAAAGCACUAACUGAAGGAGAGAUUACAUUUGAUAACAAUUUUUCAAGGAUAUAUUUUCUAAAAUUGAUUAUGUGCUGAUAGAAAUAUGAAGUCCAUUUAAGACAAGAGAUAUAGAGACUUUGGCAUAGUACUGGAAUUAUUUCUUUCCACUGGAGUAAAAGCCUACUGUAUGUGUCUGAAUCAGGUCUGAGGGAGGUUUUUCAACUGUGCAUAUGAGCAGAUUAAUACUUUGUUCCAAUAUUUAAUCUGUGGGAUACAGGCUGGGAGAUAGUUGUCACUCCUGUCCAAAGCUGUGUACGUUAUAAGUGCCAAACACUGACUAGCAAAAGCACAGUUUGCAGUCACCAAGUGGAUUCUUCGAUGCAAAUUGUGCCUGCUUAUUACAAUCUCAACGUCUCAGCUAAACUAAAAUGUGAACGUCUCGAGCCAUAUUUUUGAUUGCGGCUGUGUGAUAUUUUAAAAUCCCACAAUCUUAAAGCUGUAGUGUGCUGUGUAAAUCUGUAGUUUUAAGUCCAUAAUGGUUGUGUACUUUAAUAUGUCAAACAUUGACACAACAAUUUAGAUUCAUUAUCCAAAAGUUGGUUUCCUCGAAAACCUUUCUAAUUUAAUGCACCAAUUGUUAUUCAUCUCAAAGCCUCAAUCCUAACACACUUUCAAUGAUCUUCAAAAACAAGAAACGCUGACGGGCCCAGAGGGGCUGCUCAGUGUCAUUCAGUUCAGUUUAUUCUAAAUUCCAUUGUAGCUUGCUUAAAUUAAUGUUUGAGUACUGGAGCUGGAUGUGGAGCGUGACAGACUAAGUAGACAGUGAGUAGUCUUGUUUAUGUACUGCAGGAAAGGCCAGUGAGAGAGAUAAUAAGGCAAUCUCAUUCAGACUUUGGUGAAUUAGUUAAUCAUGCCCUAGUCACUGUAAUUAAUCUCUGGGUCCUAUUUAAGUGUAAUAAGCAAAGCCUUUGUAGAGCUCCACAGAUGUCCCGGGCUGCAGGGUAAUGCAUGGAGAAUUCAUGAAUGUGUAUUGCAUUUCAAACACGUCUUUGAAACAGUUCUCUACGCAGUUAGAGAUACAGUGCCUUUAUGUCAAUCACCGUUCUUUCAUUCCUUUUCACACAUUUUUCUGAGUGCUAAUUACACAAUAUAUACAGUGUAAACAAAACAAACACCUGUUACCUUAAAGUUAUUUCUCUCACAUAAAGUUUGUAGUGUGCAAACAUGAGGUCUUGAUAUUUUUCUCAUCUUAAUAUUUGUAGCAUGAGGAUUUUUUUUGUUCUAGUAGUAUUAUGUAAACGGAUAACAAAUUUUAUAUGAUUUGGUAUAAUGGGUAAAUGUCAUACUUUCAAAUCUUCCCAAAUGUUUAAACAAAGUUUUUUUUCUCUUUUUUUUUUUUUGUGCAGCAGAGCUUCUUGCCCUACAUUUUGAAAAAGAUUUUUUUCUGUGAUUUAGAAACUAAAAUCACUGUAUUGACUUGGAAUGAGCUGACUUACUGUAUGUGUAUCAUGUAUCUUACCUGAAGACACUAAAAAUGGAGGAAAGUUGCAAUAUAAAGUAGGUAUUUAUUUGAAAUCAAUUGAAUUCAUUGACAAAAAUGGAUUGUGAAUAACCAAUAUGACACAUUGAUCAGCAGUGUUUUACCUUUAAGACUUAAUUGUGUUUUUGUACAGACUAAUGUCUGACUGAAGAAAAUUACCUUUUCCCCCCUGUAUAGAGCUACAUUAAAUCUAAACAUAGUAUCUUGAAGUUGUGAAACUGAGUGCCAUAUGGUUAGUGGAGCUAACUUUGUUAGAUUUGGUUAAUGGAAGUGGGUUUAAGAGAAGAGAAGAUAUCGCCCUUUUCGUGUGACAGUAUGCUGUGCAUGAAAUGGGUACAAGUCUAAAUGGAAAUUGUACUUCCUCUGUAUUUCACCUCUAAUGAUCAAGUGAUUUAUUUUAAAAUGGCAUAUAACAUUUUGUAACUCACUGAGAUUUUCUAUUGUAAAGCAACUAAUUCUUGAAAUGCUAUUUGCACUUUCAUAGUCUAUACUUGAUACAUUCCCUCUUUAUAUGAAAAAUGUUUGAUGUGUGAUGCCAAUAAACUACAUGUUGAGUUUUAA